CGGGCGCAACUGCGCAGAAGAGGAGCUGCACUACUACCACAGCUAGUCUAGACUGGUGUGAGCGAAGUGAAGAAGAAGUGUCGUGAGGAGCGGGAGCCUCCGGGAGCCUCCGGGAGCCGCUCGCCGCGUCGGCUCCGCUCUCAGACUCAGGACGAUGCCCGCGAUCAAAAAGGAGCGACUGGAUGGGGACGACAUGGCUCUGGCAGCCGCCCUCAACCAGCCCGACUACCUGGCCCCUUUAAAUGCCGGCGCUCUCCCGGUGGUGACCCCCCAUCCGCCGCCCUACGAGCACAUCUUCGCCCAUCACCGCGCGUACCUGGGACUGCAGGACCCCCCGCUGCACCUCCACCACCACCAGCACCACCUGCACCUCCACCAGCAGCAGCAGCACCCGCACCCCGAGGACCUCGCGCCCGAGAGGUUCUCCUCCAUCCCCGACUUCCAGCCCUUCUUCGACGGCGGCGAGCCGUGCAUCGAGGUGGAGUGCGGCGAGAACAAGGCGCUGCUCUACAUCAACAAGCUGUGCCAGGGCAGCAAGGGGCCCUCCAUCAAGCACCGCGGCGAGUGGCUCACCCCCAACGAGUUCCAGUUCGUGAGCGGCAGGGAGACGGCCAAGGACUGGAAGCGCAGCAUCAGGCACAAGGGGAAAAGUCUGAAGACCCUUAUGUCCAAAGGAAUCUUACAGGUACAUCCUCCAAUCUGUGAUUGCCCUGGGUGUCGAAUUUCGUCUCCAGUGAACCGUGGUCGACUGGCCGAGAAGCGGACCGUCCCCCUGCCCCCCACGCGCAUCCCCAAGAAGGAACUGACCUCUGCCUUCAGCAGCGACGACAGCGAGGGCAGCGACAGGGCGAAUGGUGACAUCAAACAGGAGGAUCAGCUGCCCUUUAGUAUCAUGAGAAAGAGCCGCGACAGUGACCUGACGACCAUCAUUUCGAACCUGCACCACACGCGACAGCUCGGCAUGCCCGAGGGCCAGUCCUACGGCGAGAUCAUCAGGACCAACGGCAUUGAGAUCGCCUCCGGAGCAGCAGAUGACACAGUAGGCAAGAGGAGAGCCCGUUCCCCCAGCAGCAGCAGCGAGUGUCCCUCGGAGAGCAAGAAGUCCCGCAGCGUGUCUCCCAAAGAGAACUCCCACACCCCAGCACUGGAGCCUCUGGCCAGUCACAUGACCCCGGAGGAGCAUUACCGGCGGAUGAUGUCAGCGCUAAAUGAGCAGGGGUCCUAUGAGGAGCAGCAGCAGCGCCUCUUCCAGCUGGCCAACAGCAUGGCGGUCCCCAGUCACGGAGAUCUCUUGCGGGCGCGCCAGGAGGCCGCUGCCGUGGUGAGGAACCCAGCAGCCAUGGAGGGCCACCUGUCCUCUGCCGGCGGCACGUCGAGCCAGCGCCGCAAGCAAGGCCUACCUCAGCAUCGCGACGCGCACUUCUCGGAGAGGGACAUAUCGCACCCUCCGCCGCUGCUGUCGCCUCAGAACGCUCCCCACAUCGCCCUGGGACCCCAUCUGCGGCCCCCCUUCCUGGGCAUGCCCUCCGCCUUAUGCCAGGCGCCAGGAUAUGGCUUUCUGCAACCCGCCCAGGCUGAGAUGUUUGCACGCCAGCAGGAGAUGCUGAGAAAACAGAACCUGGCAAGGCUCGAGAUGUCGGCCGAACUGCUGAGGCAGAAGGAGCUGGAGAGCCUGCACAGGCAACGGCUGCUGGGGGAGCCGUUGAGCCUGCACCCCAGCCUGCCCCCCGAGCACCCGGCCCUGCGCAGCCUGCACGACAUUCCCGAGGGCCACCCGCUGCGCGAGGAGCUGAGUCGUCGCAACGCCAUGCUGGUGCUGCGCCACAACAGCACUCCGCUGCUCUCCUUGAACCACCAGGGUCCGGCCAAGGAGUCGAGCGCGCGGAAGAGCGCCCGCAAAGCGGGCCACGGCCGCAGCGACCCGCAGGAGGGCCCCUCCGAGGUCAAGGAUCUCCACGGCGAAGGCCGGGCCCACGACGGAGCGGCGGACGGAGCCGACGAGGAGAUGAAGGACUCGGAGAGCGAUGCGGAGGGGGCCGACGACAGGCUCGAUGGGCGCGCCAAGGCGGAGGGACACGCUCACAGGGCAGAGCUGUGCCCGGGCAAAGAGGCAGCAAAGCCUGGAGAGGGCAGCCGGGAGCCGGGGGAGCCGUCGGGACGACUGAGCGCCCCCUGUAGCUCUGCGGGGCCCCCCUCGCCCAGCCACCGCCCCUUCACGCCUGGAAUCGGCAAAAGCGAAGCCAAGUACAUCCCCCCCGGGGUGGUGCCCCCGCUGCCCACCCAGAUGUUCCCGUUCGGCUUCCCGUACUCCAGCCCCUACUUCCACGCCGGGCCCAUGGGAGGUGUGUUCCUGGACGGCGAGGAAGCAGGGCCCGUGGAAGACAUCAGCAAGUGGACGGUGGAAGAGGUGUGCGGCUUUGUAGGCGGCCUGGCCGGCUGCGGCGAGUACGCUCAGGUGUUCCGGGAGCAGGCUAUCGAUGGGGAGACCUUGCCGCUGCUCACCGAGGACCACCUGCUCAAUAACAUGGGCCUGAAACUGGGCCCCGCGCUCAAGAUCCGCUCCCAGGUGGCGCGCCGCAUCGGCCGAGUCCUCUACAUGAACAGCUUCCCGCUGGCCUUCCCGCUGCCCCCGUCGGCCCUGCGCCCCCUCGAGAGAGACCCUGCUGUCGGCGAGACCCGGCCCACGUCCGCCGGCAGCACGCCCUCCACGUACGGCGCCACGCCCUCCGGACGCUCCUCGCCCAAGCAGGAGAACGGAGGCGCUUCGGCCGCCGGAGCCUGCGAUGUCGCGAAGACACCUUCUUAGAAAGGGCGGAGAGCUGUCAGACCCUCGGGACAGCUUCGGCGCCUGCCGUGGAGAGGGGAGACGAGGGGGGCGCGGCGGGAGGGUGCGGAGCGGACGCUCCGGAGACGUGGGCGCGGCACACACGCGGACAGCGGCUCUUCGGCAGGCGGGUGGAAGGGAACGGAGGAAGACGGUCCCGGCAGCUGCUCGCUCAUGACCCGAACGCUAAGUGGUCAGCGGCGCCCCUCCCCCACACCCCGAUGACAACGGGAAGUGAAAGGGGAAAAUGGGACCCCCCCGUCCACACCCUCCAACAUUUACGCCACUCCAUAGAGGAACUGACUUCCGCAACUAUGCAUUCUGUGGAUCAAUACCAAAGAGGGACGUGUGAUCCAGCGUAACGUUGUGUGUCAUGUGCGCGGCCAAGCGGGCGCCUGCUGAAGGGACGACGCUUGGCGGCAAAAACGGGCCGGUGACCGUGCGGUCGGACACAAGGACAAGCGGACUCGCAGCAGCCUGAAAGCGAGACGGGCGGCGCUGACCUCGGUCCGGGCGUACCCCCCCCCCCGGCAGAGCAACUGUUGAGCCGGAGCGGCCGCCUUAGGGACGGCACCGCGCACAACCGGCGCGUCCGAGCUGAAGCGCACGAGCACGCGGCUCCGGACUAAGUGGGGCCGCGCGGCAGAGACGGCAGAGCUGUCCUGAGGGUUGCAUAAGUGGUACUUUUUCGUUAAGUGUUAGUUGCACGCAUUACUUUUUCAUAACUGAACAAAAUAUGACUUGCUAACUUUCGGUGGUACGUUUUUCAACUCUUCUGUUUGAUACUUAUUCUGUUGUAAUAUUAAAAGCCCUACCUUCUAAUGCUGCUUCCUAGCAAAUACAUAUGAAAACCAAGAAAAAAAAAAUAUUUAUAACUUUUUUCUGUUGUAGCUAGGUGGAUGUGAUACAGUAGGUAUAUAAUUUUGGUAUAAAGUUAUUCAUCCUUUAAACGGAUGCCAAAGAUCAACCUUAUUUUUUUUUUUUCUUUUUUUUUUUCUCUUUGUUACAGGGGAAUUAAAGGCGCAGAGCUCUUUAUGCAAAUCUUUGAAUCCGUUAUGAAUUUGUAUGAAAAAAAAAACGAAAAAUGUUAAAUUAAAACGGUCUGUCGGUUUCCCAUUCAGAUCCUCGGUGUUUUUACCUCCUUUUAUGAAUUCCCUGCCGAAAUAAACUGCUGAAUGAAUCCCUUUCAAAGGGUUUCCUUGGACCUGUUUACAACGGACGGCUGCUGAUUUAUGAGCGCGUUCGCGCAUUCCGACCCCCGCCGGAGAGGUUCUGGGAUCGACCCCACGGCGGCGAAUUCCCUGGGCC